CAAAACGCUCGAGAAAAUGAUAUAUUGCAUGGGAGAAUAAGUGCACUAGAGGUGACAGUUGGGGAAAUGCGCACAUGGAUCCAGUCGCUAAUCCACAUGAACCAAUCAUCGAUCAGUUGGCAAUAUAGACAGAUUGAGGAAUUGGAAGCUCUUGCACGUACCACACUUGAGCAAGAGUGGCAAAAUUGGUUGGAAAAGAUGACGUCAUUAUAUGCAAACUUGGUAAAUUGGAUCCAGGAAAGAAUUGCUGAGAUGACCGCAUUGGAAAAAGAGGAAGCUGCCACUCGUAAUAAGUAUGAGCAUGAAUUUAAUGAUUCGAUCAAAGAAAUUGAGAGUGUUCGCUUUGCGCUUAAAGUGGUGUUGAGUGGGUGGAUACUUGAAUAG